UUUAAAAAAGAAAAUAAUAGUACUUAGCAAAGAAUGCAAGAAAUUGGGUUUGCGGUGUGCCUGCUUUGCUUGGUAAGGGGAGGGGGAGUAUAAUACAUUGAAGUAAUGGACGUUGGAAGAGCGUUAGCGAAGACGUCAAACAGGCAACGACGAACAACAGGCUAUCAUCCCCAGCACAACACCAAUCCACAAAGUCUUCGCUGCUUCGCUUUGCUUCCUUCUUUGACAGCCCACCAACUUACUUGCCCCUCUCUCUCUCUCCCUCUGUCUCUCUCUGCCUAAUUUUACUCUUUUAUUACCAACAUGCCUGAAUAUCCUACACCCUCAAUAUCAUAUUGAUUCAUGAAUAGUGUUACGUUUCAUUCAUAAUAUUUGCCACUUUCCAUUUUGCCAGUCGCAAUAAAUUCAUCCACACCAGGGCGUUUAGCUAACUGCCACCCACUACCACCAUCCUUCUCCCUUCUUCCUUCUUAUUAUAUAUAAAAUAAUUUCUUCAAUUCCUUCCAGUUAUCAAAAUUUACAAGGCAUGGCUAUGGCGUACUUGCAUUAAAAUAUUUGCUUUUCCUAAAAGAAAAGAAAGAGAGCAGGAAAGAAGAAUAUAUAAAAAACCAGCAGGAAAAAAAAAAGAAGAAAGCAAAACAAAUUAGUUCUAGGCCUAGCUAGCAUAGAAGGGCGUGCUAAGAUUAGAGAGUUGAGCAAGUGAGGGGAAUUCCAAAGCCGCUGUCCCUGUUCUCGUACCGUUUUCUGUUUGGAUGCCCCUAUUGUUGCUCGCACCUCCUAUCGUAAUAUUAUAGACUACUAGUACUUAACUUAUUAGUGUUAGCUUACUUAAAUGCGUAACGUGCAGCGGUCAGUAAGCUUUGAUCCCCCACUAUGAAGAGCGAGAGCGAAUAUCUUGUUGUUCAUGGCAGCUUGUGAUUUUGUAGGUGAAAAUGGUAGUGAAAUCAAAGGCAGCAGCAACAGCCUUGAAAACCCAGUAACAAGCGCAUCCAACAGCAAUACAUCAGAGAGGAAAAUGAUGAGGAAGAGGAUGGCUUCUGAGAUUGCUGACUACCACAGGUUUCCUCGCCGCAGCCUUGCAUCUGAGAACAUGGGUUGCUCUUUCUUGGCAGCGGCAACCACUAAUAAUAACCCUAAUCCACUCCCCAACCACUCCACUACGAAUAUGAAUACAAACAUAAUCCCUUUUGCAAAUUUCACCACCGUUACGUCAGGCGGACCUGCUUUUUUAUCUACAACCACCUCCAACUUUACUUGCAUCGACACCCUCUCCACAAAUAAUCCUCAGCCCCCUGCCGUUUGUGGCUUCUCGGGUUUGCCCUUAUUUCCACCAACAGAUAGAAACCGAAACACCGCCGCUGCUGCCACCACAACAGCAACUACUGCUCCUGGUUCUUUAACUCCGAUCUCGAAUUCUAUGGAUGACACUUCGGCCACGCCAUGGAUAGACGGCAUUAUAAGGGACCUCAUCCACACCUGUUCUAACGUCUCCAUUUCUCAGCUCAUCCACAACGUCCGGGAGAUCAUCUACCCCUGCAACUCAAACCUCGCUGCCAUUCUCGAGUACAGGCUUCGAUCCCUAAUGGAUCCACUUGAAAGGAAAACGAAGGAGGCGCCAACGUUGCAUCUGCCCGAGGGCUUGUUGCAGAGGCACCAUAGUCAACAACAAGGCUCCUCUGGACUCACGCUUAACUUGGACUCCGCCCUAGAUAGCCUUCCUAAUUAUUCCUUGACCGAAUCUUGUGCCAUGAGUCAGUACUUUAACUGGGGGUUAACUCCACUUCCCAUCUCUAACAGCGCAGCCACAGGUAACAACCAACAGCACCAUCACAAUCAGAUUAGCAGUAGCCCUUCUGCGACCACACCACCGGUUCUUUCGCUAAAUCAGACUCAAUCUCAAGUACCUCAGCACCACCAGACUCAAGAGCAGAUGCCGCCAGCAGAAAACCCUUCCCCAGUGGAGAAGACCACCUCGACGGCUACUACAACGCCCACGUCCACUGUUCAAACCGUCCAAGCAUGCGGCGCUAGAGACAGGAAAGAGGAGUUACGGCAGCAGAAGAAAGACGAAGAAGGAUUGCACCUCCUGACUUUACUCCUGCAGUGUGCUGAGGCGGUUUCAGCUAAUAACUUUGAGGAAGCAAAUAGGAUGCUGUUAGAGCUCUCGCAACUAUCAACGCCGUUUGGGACGUCUGCUCAGCGCGUGGCAGCAUAUUUCUCUGAGGCUAUGUCGGCAAGGCUGGUGAGCUCGUGCCUGGGAAUCUGCGCUGCGCUGCCAUCGAUUCCACAGAGCCAUACCCAAAAGAUGGUAUCGGCAUUCCAGGUGUUCAACGGUAUAAGUCCAUUCGUCAAGUUCUCGCAUUUCACAGCCAAUCAAGCCAUACAAGAAGCGUUCGAGAGGGAGGAGAGAGUGCACAUAAUAGAUCUUGACAUUAUGCAAGGCCUGCAAUGGCCUGGGCUAUUUCACAUUCUUGCUUCAAGACCAGGCGGGCCUCCGCACGUGCGCCUCACGGGGCUGGGAACCUCCUUGGAGGCCCUGGAGGCGACCGGGAAGCGUUUAUCUGAUUUUGCGGACAAACUGGGGCUUCCGUUCGAAUUUUGCCCGGUGGCAGAUAAAGUAGGGAAUUUGGAACCCGAGAGGCUCAACGUGAGCAAGAGGGAGGCAGUAGCAGUUCACUGGCUGCAGCACUCUCUUUACGACGUAACUGGUUCUGAUACCAAUACGCUGUGGCUCUUGCAGAGAUUGGCACCCAAAGUAGUGACGGUGGUAGAGCAGGACUUGAGCCACGCCGGCUCAUUUUUGGGAAGGUUUGUGGAAGCCAUACACUACUACUCAGCCCUGUUUGAUUCCCUAGGAGCAAGCUACGGUGAGGAGAGCCAGGAGAGGCACGUGGUGGAGCAGCAGCUACUUUCCAAGGAGAUACGAAAUGUGCUGGCACUAGGAGGCCCUUCCAGAAGUGAUCAGGAGGUGAAAUUCCAUAAUUGGAGGGAGAAGCUGCAGCAGUCCGGCUUCAAGGGCAUCUCUCUUGCUGGUAAUGCAGCGACGCAGGCCACGCUGCUCUUAGGCAUGUUCCCGUCUGAUGGUUAUACCUUGGUUGAGGACAAUGGCGCCCUCAAACUUGGUUGGAAAGACCUUUGCUUGCUUACUGCUUCUGCCUGGAGGCCCUUCGAUGCUAAUGCUGCCGGUGCAACAACUAUCCACCGCUGUUCCCGCUAGCUAAUUUUCCUUUCGUAGUAUGUUCUUGGCUCUGCAGCUUAGAUUUAGAUUUAAGAUUGUAUGUCUUGACUCUUGAUGGAACAGUUAUGCUUUAAGGGAUCGGAUUGUGUUGCCAAUCACCAUUUACUCAUACAAUUUGUAUUAUUCUGAGAACAAAGUGUUUUUUUUUUUUUUCCUUUUUUAUUACGUAUAUUUAUUAGUGCUUUCAAGCUUUUGGUUGAACGAAACAGAUGACGCAUCCCCUAAACCCCACAAGCAUAAGCUAA